AUGGCGACACCCCUAUCGGACGAGGAGGAGCAGCGGUAUACGCACCUCAUCGAUGCCAUCCUCGAGACAGCCGAUCUUCUGACGGUGACGCGGAAGAAGGUGCGGAAGGGUCUGGAGAAGGCGCUGGGGGGAAAAGACCUGAGUGAGCAAAAGGAGGCAAUCAAGGCACUGAUCGAGGCGCGCUUCGAUGCUAUCAACUCCCAGUCGCUGUCGACGCCGCCGCUGCACAACGUGAGCCCGAUCGAUGACGAGUUGGGCAGCGUGACGCCGUCGAAGCGGCGCCACCCUACGGAGAGCGAUAACGAGCACGACGACGCGUCCAGCCGGGCGGCGACGGAGGAGAUCAACGUGGCACUCGACGAGAUGCCAGCCAAGAAGAAGCACAAGCGAUCGUCGUUGUCGAUCGAGGACGCGGACGCGCGGCUGGCAGCGGAGCUGCAGGCACAGGAGAACCGGCUGGCACGGGGCCGGACGACACGCGGUGGCAGUAGUGUGGUGAAGCCGCGUAAGAAGCCACCGUCAAAGAAGAAGAGUGCGCCCAAAGUUAAGACUGCUGGUGGCGAUGGUAGUGACGCCGAUAGCGAUGGCAGCGGCGAGGUGAAGGAGAACCGUAAGACGGGUGGGUUCCAGAAGCCGUUCAACCUCAGCGACCAGCUGAGCGAGCUGGUUGGUUCUUCGCAGGUGGUCAAGAAGCUCUGGGUGUACAUCAAGGCCCACGACCUGCAGGAUCCGCUGGACAAGCGGCAGAUCCGUUGCGACGACAAGAUGCAGGCGGUGUUCCAGCAGCAGCGGGUGGGAAUGUUCCAGAUGAAUAAGCUCCUGGGCAGUCACCUGUAUCCGGUGGAGGAGGAGGAGUAG